UGAUCUGUUGCAGUGCUCAACAAUAGUUAUUCAAAUAUGCCACCUGUACAAUCAAACUACAAAUCCUACUUAAUGGUCACCAAUAAGAAAAUACCAAGGACAACAGAAUACAGACACAGGAAGGGAAAAGGCAGAAGACAUAAACGGUACAAGCAGUACCUUUGCAGCACUGGUGUUGAAGUCCCUGACAGAAUUUUAGGACGUCAUGACAGAGAACCUCCAGCUCACCAUGAUGCACCACUGCAGCCAACAGCAGGAAAAAGAAAGAGAGCUGACAGUAAGAAUGGAUCAGCUGCUGAGGACGAUGUGGUUGAUAUAGGAGACCACCAGACCAUGCAAGAACCAGAGGCUGAGAGACCCAACCCAAAUCAGUCACAGGAUGGAAAUUGUGGAGAUGACCUUUUGUACCCUGGAGCACCAAUUACCAAAGGUCAAAGUUUACUCCUUCUAAUGGCUUAUGUCCUGAGGCAUAACCUGACUGGGAUUGCUCUGGACCAUCUUUUAAGAAUUUUUCAUGAACUUUUCCCUGCACUGAUACCAGCAACCUCAUAUCUCUUCCAUAAAUCCUAUGGCCAAUAUGGCGAGUAUGUGCCCCAUUUCUACUGCUAUCAGUGUUCUAAUUAUAUUGGAACAAAAGAAUGUGGUUUGACACAGUGUGUUCUGUGUGAGGCAGAAUUUGAUGUGGAAGCUAGUCUUGAAAAGGGUUCAUAUUUUUUGGUUAUCAGUUUAUCUUUGCAAAUUAAAGAGAUUCUGGAAAAUCCCAACAUCAAAAUCCAAAGACAUACAUCAACUCCAGGUUUUAUUUGUGAUGUGCAAUGUGGAGGGGAGUAUAGGAGGCUUAAAGAUAGUGGUGAAAUAGGUGAUGAUGACAUCAGUCUGAUCUGGAACAGUGAUGGGAUCCCUGUUUUUAAAAGCUCUAGAUGCCAAAUAUGGCCUAUUCAGUGCCAAAUCAUAGAGCUACACCCUACAGAGAGGAAGAACAACAUAUGUGUUCCUUGUCUUUGGUUUGGAGAGAGCAAGCCUAAUAUACAGACUCUCCUAAUUCCAUUUGUACAAGAGCUACAGGAACUUCAAAGUAAUGGGAUCACCUGGGGAGAUGGUUGCACUUCAAAGGUGCAUGCACUUGUAUGUAGUGCAGAUUCAGUUGCAAGGCCACUUCUCCAAAAUAAGAAACAGUUUAAUGGCAUUUAUGGCUGUGACUUCUGUUACCACAGAGGUGGAGGCUCCUAUCCAUAUGUUAUUCCUGAACCCCGUCUUCGUACAGAAGUUGAGCAUUUUGACAAUGCCAUGAAUGCAACACCUCAGCAGCCCAUAAUGGGAGUGAAAGGCCCAAGUCAACUAAUGAAACUAGACAAAUUUCAAAUGGUGCAAGGCUUUGUUCCAGAAUAUCAGCAUAGUGUAUGCCUUGGAGUUACUAGACAGCUGACUUCUCUGUGGUUAGAUUCCACAAACCAUCAGCAUGAGGCCUAUGCUGGUAAAAGCAGUGACAAGUUUAUCACUAUGAACAGUGGGUUUCUGGAGGCCCUAAGGCCUGGUGAUGAAGUAAUGGCUGACAGGGGUUUCACAAUUCAAGAUGUACUACAUGAAAGGAAGGUGAAAUUGAAUAUUCCUGCCUUUACCCACAAGCGUGGUCAAUUGACCAAUGAGGAGGUAACGCGCACUAGACGAGUGGCCAAUGUCCGUAUACAUGUGGAGAGGGACUUGAAGUCUUCAAAAUUCUGUCCCAAACUGUCCCCAUCUCCAUGA